UUUUCAAAAUAACAUAUGUUUCCCAUGGACUGGACUGGAGUGUGUGAUGUGAUUUUAAACUUGGUCUGCUACGCGGUCUGUUGUAUACAAAAAAAAAUAUAAUAUAAAGAGAAUCAUUGUCGUUGUUUUUGUCGCGAUUAAUCAUUGCAAUUGUUUUAUACUACAUCACACAAUAGCGCAUGUUGCAUGGAAACAAUUGGAUUUAUGAACGGCGCGCUGCAGCGAUUGUUCCUCCCCUCGGUGUCCUUGUGUGUGCGGUUUUUGUGUUAAAACUUCUAAAUGAACGAGGAUAGCUCACAGUUCAACGGAAAACCACAACAGCAUUCGCCAACGUCUUCUGUAUAUCAGUCAAUAGUCCCCGAUAUUGAUUUCGAGCAACCGUCUAGCGACAACCUGGACACCAAAGAUAGGGAGAAUCAACCGUUGCUGGGACGUAUGGAGCAAACUCCGGGUUACAAUUUAUUUCCAGAUGACCCAGCCUUCAGUGUGGUCAUCAAACAAGCCGAGAUCGCUAUUGACAAUAGCGUGUUCCCAGAACGAAUUUAUCAAGGAUCCAGCGGUAGUUACUUUGUUAAAGAUGCAAGUUGCAAAAUUAUCGGAGUUUUCAAACCUAAAGACGAAGAACCGUAUGGUUUAUUAAAUCCCAAAUGGACAAAAUGGUUACAUAAAAACUGUUGCCCGUGUUGUUUUGGCCGUUCGUGCUUAAUACCAAAUCAAGGCUAUUUGUCUGAAGCUGGUGCCAGUUUAGUUUCUACUAAAUUGGGUUUGAAUAUUGUGCCAAAGACUAAGGUAGCCAAGCUGGUUAGUGAAACAUUUAAUUAUGGCCGAAUUGAUAGAGAGAAGACUAGAGUGAAACAUGCAAUUAAUGAUCACUUUCCAAAAUUAGGACGACGAUUCCAUAGGCUUGGCCUUAGACCCAAAAUAGGGUCUUUUCAAUUGUUCAUGGAGGGUUACAAAGAUGCUGAAUACUGGUUAAGAAGAUUAGAAUUGGCUCCGUUACCUUUAAAUCUGCAAUCACGUUUUCAAAUUCAAUUUGAAAAGCUAGUUGUCUUAGAUUAUAUCAUUCGUAAUACCGAUAGAGGUAAUGACAACUGGCUAAUUAGGUAUGACCAACCAAGUGUAAAUUCAAGCCCCAAUGCAAGUCUAACCAACUCAACAAUAAGCGAAAACUCAUCGGAAUGGAAUGUUAUACAAGAGCCAGAUAUAAAAAUAGCCGCUAUCGACAAUGGUUUAGCAUUUCCAUUCAAACAUCCCGACUCUUGGCGUGCUUACCCUUAUCAUUGGGCGUGGCUUCCACAAGCGAAAAUUCCAUUUAGUAAGGAAACCAAAGAGCUCGUUCUACCUUUUUUGUCCGAUAUGAAUUUUGUACAAGAUUUAUGCGACGAUCUCUAUACACUUUUCAAGAUGGAUAAGGGAUUUGAUAGGCACAUGUUUGAAAAGCAGAUGAGUGUAAUGCGUGGACAAAUUUUAAACUUAACGCAAGCUUUGAAAGACGGUAAAAGUCCUGUACAACUCGUCCAGAUGCCAGCUGUUAUUGUUGAACGAUCUAAAGGACAUGUAGGAACGACUUCCAAGUUUCGUUCGUUCAGUGAUACUUUUACGCAACGGUUUCAAAAUAAGAGCCCAUUUUUCUCCUGGUGUUAAUUACCCGUUUUAUAUAUUUUUUAAAUAUAAAAACAUAAGGGCUUACGCUUUCAUUAUGUUUACUGAUUUUAAGUUUGUCUUUUAUUAUUGUUGCCAGUUUAUAAUUUCGUCUUAAUUGUAUGUUUUUUGUUUUAAAACAUUCUGGUCAUCACUAUAUUAUUUAAAGGAAAAAUGUAAUUAAUAUUAAUUUUUUUUUUUUUACUAUAAUCAUAAUCAUAAAUCAUUUCAGUGCAUUUCAUUGUUGAUUAUUAUGUCAAAAUUAAGAUAUGAUAUUGAGACAAUUUGAUUUACGCGUCUAGUCCUAAGUUAAUACUAUCCUAUGUGUUUUUUUUUCUCCUCAUUACUAUGUUGGUCAAAUGUUAUGUUGUUUGAUACAAAGAAGGCUGUGGAUAUGAAAAUUACUGAGUAUAAAAAUAAUUUUAAAAAAAAAAUGAUAAAUGCGGAAAACAGGGAUGCAACUCGUAACUAUUUUUGAAUGUAACUAUUUUUUUAUAUUGUAUAAAUAAUUACUAAAGAUUGUAUUUUAAACUGAAUUGGUAGAAUACUUAAUAGACAUUGUUAUAAAAUAUGUAUUAAUUGAAUAUUGUUCAACCGCAUAUUUAAUUUAUUCUCACAAGAAACAACAAAAUUUGAAUAAUUUGAUACAAACAAAAACUCCAAUUCAGUUUUUAAUACAGUCAUAUUAG